GUCUCGAUGUGCCUCCCCGCUGUCUCCACAUAAUAGCACGGUGCAGAUGCUGGCAUCCCCACAUCUUCACCGGGCCAUUGCAGCAACGGCAUGCAGCUCCCAUCCGCCCAGUAACGCGCUCAGGCUACGCGGCUCUGGAUCUUUUAAAAACUGCGAAAGGCCAUGAAGCGUCAGGGCAUCUCCGCGGCACUCCUGGCCGCCGCACUGCUUUACCUACUCUUCAAACUUCACAGCUCAUACAGACACGUCUUGAAGAGGAAAGUAACGCGAUGUGUUUUAAUUCUUGUUUUUGUUUUUUUGCAGGUAGAGACUGCGGCUGAUUUGUUGUGUCUGUGGGGCUGCAUAGUUGUUUUCCAGACGGGCUCAGGGGACAGCAGGGAUGGCUUCCGAUGCCGAGGAGAGCGCAGGUAAUGACCCUUACGUGUUUGUGACGGACACCUUGCCCCCGGACCCUCGCUUCCUGCCCCCGCUGGCCAAUGGGCUGCUGGGAUGGAGGGUCUACGAUGACAUCAUGCACAUGGGAGAGGUCUAUAAUGGAUUGGCUGGAGACUGUCACCGCGCAGAUAUCCCCUGUCCACUCAAUGUGAGGAUGAGGAUGGAAGAAGAGGGAAAAAACACCUACAGCCUGGAUACACAUAUAGGCCUGUUCACUCAUUCCCUGUGCACGGCGAGCGUGUGUGCGUCCCAGACCUUCUACGCCCACCGCCACUACCCCAACCUGCUGGUGAUGGAGGUCAUCAUGGUGCGUCAGGUGACCUCCCAGGAGCCAAUCACGCUGCAGCUGGACAGCUCCUUCAACCCCUACAGCAAGGACAUCAGCUUUCAGGAGGCGUCUGACUACAAGGGGGGGAAGCACAUCUUCGGGCAGGCCCACGCCUCCGAGGUCCCAGGCGGCUCGCGUCCCAGCGUGCACGUCAUCUGGAUCCCCAUUGCGCCGUCCGUCACGCUGCUGCCCGAGCAGAGCCAAUCGCGAUGGGGCUUCCUGGUGGCAGUGGGCGGGACAGAGGAGAUCGCCCAAUCCGGGUACGACAAGGGCCUACAGCUGAUGGCCGACGGGGACCUGAGGCCCUCCCACAACCGCGCCUGGGCCAAGAUGUGGCUGGGCAGCCGCCUGGAGGUCGCAGGUGAGGAGCCAAUGAGCCGUGCUCUGAUUGGUUGCCUCUUCUACCUGCUGAGUGCCUUCCCCACAGUGGACCAGACGGAGGCCCACUUCGGGGGGGUCAGUCCAGGAGGGCUGUCUAACGGGGGACAGGGACAGGACUAUUGGGGACAUGUAUUCUGGGACCAGGAUACGUGGAUGUACCCCAGCAUCGCUCUCUUCUACCCCUCUCUGGCUCGCACUGUGCUGGAGUACCGGGUGCGGACACUGGAGGGUGCUAGAGCAAAUGCUGAGCAGCAGGGAUACAAGGGUAUUAAGUUCCCCUGGGAGAGUGCCGUGUCCGGUAGAGAGGUGUGUCCAGAGGACAUCUACGGGGAGCAGGAGAUCCACAUCAAUGGAUGCGUCAUACAAGCCUUCCAACAGUACUACUACCUCACACAGGACUUGAGCAUGUUCCGAGAGGGGCGUGGCAGUGAGGUGGUGUGGGGCGUGGCUGACUACUGGGUCUCCCGGGUAACCUGGAAUCCAGAAGGCCGAUCAUAUCACAUCAAAGGUGUGAUGCCCCCAGAUGAGUACUAUUACAAUGUGGAUGACUCCGUCUUCACAAACGUUGUUGCCAAGAACAGUCUGCAGUUUGCGGUGGAGUUGGCUGCCCUGUUGGGUUACGCAGCGCCUCCAGAGUGGCAGGAGGUGGCCGACCGACUGCAGAUCCCCUUCGACACCGAGCUCAAGUACCAUCCCGAGUUCAAGGGCUACAAGCAGGGGGGUGUAGUGAAGCAGGCGGAUGUGGUGUUGCUAGGAUACCCACUGGGUCUGCCAAUGACUUCCGAGGUCAGACGGAACGAUCUGGAGGCCUACGAGCCCGUCACCAGCCCACGCGGACCUGCCAUGACCUGGGGUAUGUUUGCUGUGGCGUGGUUGGAAUUGGGAGAAGUGGAGAGAGGACAGAAGCUACUGGAGAAGUGUUACCAAAACAUCCAGGGACCUUUUCAGGUAUGGAGUGAGUCGUCUGAUGGCUCUGGGGCAGUGAACUUCCUCACAGGCAUGGGAGGCUUCCUGCAGGCUGUUCUCUUUGGAUACACUGGCUUCAGGGUGCAUAGGGACUGCCUGUACUUCUCUCCUGUGUUGUCGGGGGCCAUUGCUGAGCUGAGUGUGACGGGGGUGAGUUACCUGGGCAACAAGCUGAACUGGCUGGUGAAGGGGGAGGAGGUGAGCGUGAAGCUGUGGCCGCUGCAGGGGAACGAUGUGACAGUCAUGGACCUGGAGGUGGUACUGAGGGCCUCUGGGACCAAGAUACCCCUCACACCAGGCCAAACAGUGACCUUCCCUCGAGAGGCUGGGCAGCUGAGAAGGCGGAACUCAGUGCACUCCUGCUGGCCUGUUUGACAGCUUCUCUGUCAAUCAUCCAACGGAGGAGAGGGGCUCAGAUCCUAUGCUGCUUCAUCUCACAAUCAAUUGACUCAUGAUGUUUAGCCACAGUCACAAAGAUGUUAACAUGCACGCACAUACACACUCUGUCUCUCUUUCUCUCUCUCUCUCUCUCUCUCUCUCUCUCUCUCUUUCUCUCUCUCUCUCUCUCUCUCUCUCUCUCUCUCACACGCACACACAUGCACACACACACACACACACACACACACACACACACACACACCAGGGAUUGCACAAAUACAACUGAAGGAUGAUUUGAAAUUAGGUGUACACACACACAUGCACGUACAUAAGAAUACCUCACUUCGUCAGGGAAGGACAGUUUAAACCUGUGCUUCUGACUUUGGUCAGGGAAACACAAAGACACACCUCAGAUCAUCUAGGUGUAUCUAAGUAGUGUCUUAAUUCUCGCUGCAGCUACACACACACACAGGCGGGCACGCACACACAUGCAGACACAAACACACAACACGCACACGCACACACAUGCAAACACAAACACACAACACGCACACACACACACACACACACAAACGUGCACACACACACACACACACACACACACACACACACACACACACACACACACACACACACACACACACACACACACACACACACACAUAAGCACACACUCCAAAAAUUCUUUGCCCAGUUCCACACACAGUAGUUCCAUAGUAAUGCACUAAGGUGUGUGCCAAAACCCAUGCGGGCCACAACUGACGCCAUACUUCAUAACCAAUGAGUGUCUGCUAUGAUUAUGAUAAGCUAAUCAAUCAAUAGCAGCUGUGUUCAUUUUGUCAUAGUCUACAUGCUAACCAAUGAAUUGUCAUGAUCUUGGUCAUAAUCUGUAAAGCCCAACCUAGCAAGCCCUACCAAUGAAAGCCUGUUAUGAUGAUGAUCUCAUACCAUUCCCCACCUCCAUACCCCACCAAAUCAAUGCCUGCUAUGGUGCUAUUAUAAACAUGGACAAAUCGUGGCGAAUAGAAGAGCGGUGCUGAGUAGAUCGUUUGACCAACACAGGUGUUUGUAAUCGUUUAUACACUAUAUCUACUCCCUCAGAGGACACAACUGGACGUUAUACUCUCUUAUGUUCCGUGAGUUCAUCUGGACAUCUUAUGAAUGUACGUAUACAGUAUAUUCUUCAGCACUAAGUUUGCAACUGGAGACAUUCGAUUUUAUUUUUCCUAACUUGGGAACAACAGACCUCCUGAUUUGUCCAAGAUGAUACGUUAGCAAUGUGAGUGAGCACACCAAAAAACGAACAGAAAAGACACAUACUUUAUGUGACUUUUGAACUGUGACUUCUCAUGUGACCUCUGUUGUACUGGGGUGCGUUUUCCAAAACGAGAGUUGUUACGGUAGCCAGCUAGUUGCCAAUGGGAAAUUGCUUUUUAAACAACAAAGUAGCUAACGUAGUUAGCAACUAUGGUUUCGAGAAACCUCUUCGAGACACCUCUGUACAGUACGCACAAAUGUAAAGACGUGGUGGAAACAUUGAACAGACUUGCAGUCGUGGCAGGAUGAGACAUUGAUAUUGAACGAAUCAGAAUCUCGUGAACCACAGAAGGCAUUGAAUAAGAUUAAAGUCUGUCUUUUAUAAAGAUGGUGACUCGUGAUGAUUUUAUACUGUAUAACAAUGGUAGCCUAUUUUGUACUGUAUAAUAUUACCUCAGAUUACCAAGGACUGGCCCCGAUGUUCUGCCAUAUGGAAAAUCAUAUUGAAUUCAGGAGGUCUGUUGCUAAUUUUAAAUAUGGCAAACACACCUGAAUGGGCUAUAUUUUGUUAAGCGCAAUUAGAGCAACUGGACAUGUUAUAUUUUUGUACAGUGAGUGUGUCAUGUCAGCAUGUCUCUUUGGGUGUGCUCUCUCUGGUCACCCUGCAAUAAAUACAUGGA